AAAAAUGUCUGUACCUGUUCCGUGGGGUCAAGAAGAAACGAGGAAAUUUGAGCAGAAUCUAAUUGAUUACGUGAGAGCCUAUCCUUGUUUGUAUGACCGGAAGGAUCCCAAGUUUAAUGAUUCCAAGAUUAGAAACCAAAUGUGGAAGGUGGUGGCCAGUAAAUGCGAUAGUACAAUCACUCAAUGCAAAAAGAGAUUUUCGAGACUUAUCAGUAGAUUCCUGCAAAUCCAUGAACAAAUAUUGGCUGGAUCUAUAAGUCUCCAAAAUGGCAAAAGGCAAUUUCCGUACUACGAUUCUAUGCAGUAUGCCACAGCUUUCUUCCAAUUUGGUGAACUCAUGCAGGAUCCUGAUGAUCACCAGGAUCCAGAAUAUGAAGAUGACCCAAUGAGUGAGAGAUUUAGUCAAGAUCGCAAUUCGUAUGAUUCAUCGUCUUACUCCCAGAAUUAUGGACAACCUGGUCCUCAAAUGGGAAGAAACUUUCCUGAUAGAUUUUCUUCAUUUGGACCUCCACCAAACAAUCUAUACCCUCAGGGCAAUCCCUCAGCAUCCUUCUCAAGACCAACGCAAUUCAAUCCCAGUGGGAUGGGUGGAAGCAUGGGAAUGGGUAUGGGCAGCAACCUGAACAACAGUGUGAACGGGAUGAAUUUUUCCAAUAAUAACUUCAACAGCAACAAUAUGAACAGAAUGGACUUUAUGAAUGAUCGACGUCCUCAGAAUAUGCCCCAGAAUCCACAAGAGAGGAAUUCAAACAUGCAUCAGCAGCCAGGAAGGAAUUAUGAUGAUUCCGGAGCUGAGCGAGAUUGGUCCCAUGUGGAUUUUUUCUUCAGAGGCAUCUCACAGCAAGUCAAGAGAGCUCAUUUAAAUGGAGAAGAAUUUCUGGAUUUGCAGGCAACAAUUCUCAAUGUAUUGUCAAGCAAGUUGCCCUCAUAUAAAUAAAAAGAUUAAAAAAAAAAA